AGAGACACCAGAGAGAGGAAUGCUAAACAAAUGCACUUGGCAGCAAACAAACACCGUCAAGAAGACGUGAAGAAGGCGAAGCAACGUUCAGUCGCUCCGUUCACUUAGAACCUGUGGUGUUAUAAAGUGUUAUCAUGAGCUGUAAUCUUGUGAAGUCUCUUGCUCGGGUUUAUGACCCCAAACCUCUCCAUGCUCAAAAACGGGCCACCGGUGGAAGGGCUGGGACCAAACGAUCCUCACUUUUUACACCAAACAAACAUCUGUCAUCUUCAUCUUCCUCAGUUUCUGCUUCUUCUCAGCAUUUCUCAAAGUCUUCCUCUGCUCUCAUAGAUAUUAAAGGACAGGUCAAUGGUUUGAAUGGUAAGAUGGACAAACUACUCAAGCUGCAGGAAACAGCUUUAAAACGUCUGGAUGACAUCAGUCGGGAACAAAACACAUCGGUUGAUGGCCGGAGCGUGGAACGGACGUUGCGCGACAUGCACGUUGCCAUAGAAACAAUUAGAGAGAAGGCGGAGCAACAGGAAAAAAGGAUUGAUACUUUGGAGCGAUUGGUCGGCGGACUACAACAGGUUGUCGAUUUCAUUGUUGAUGCGGUGAAGCAUUCGAGACUGGCUGAUCUUUUGAAAAACACUCAAAAUCGUAAAAAGUCCAGCAGUAGGCUUAGAGAUAAGGAUGGGAAGGAGAAAUCCAAAGUGUACCUCAAGGGGUCGAAAUCCCAGAAGAAAAAAAAACUACAGGACGCAACAGUCCAUGCUGGUUUGGAAGUUAAGAAGCUUAAUGAACAAAACGCUCAUUUUUCAAAAUGCACAUCAGACGUAGGGGCCGGCACAACCGAGUCUCUGGUUCUUAUUAAAGAAGUGCAUGAAUCUGAGCGAUGUAUAGAAAUAAAGGAUGAUGAUCAGUCACUAGUGGUGGAGGAAGAGACAUCCAAAGAAGAAAUUGUAGCUGAAUUGUCACCAGUAGAAGAGGAUGAACAGCAGGAGAAGACAGAAGAUCUAUCAGAGAUCCAGCAAACUUCACAAAAUUUAUUCGACCAGACAGAUGAAAAAAUCCUAGUAACACAAGACAGCUGUGUUGAGCAUCAGGAAAUUACGUUAAGCUCGUUGACGCAUGUCACUGAUGAGAAUCUGGAGACAGAUGACCUAAAAAGUCAAGUAGAGGAGGCGUCAGAGGAGUUACAGAUCCUGGAGGCGUUAGAUGCAGGAUGUGAAGAUGCAGAGGAAGGACCGGAGAGAACAGAGGAGGCCACAUUAGAGGAGAUACAAGACGGAGAGCCUGUAACUGAAGAAUUUGUCAUUGAUACCACCCCUCCUCCACCCGCUCCAUUUGAGCAUCGUUUGGUCACGGCCAAAACCCACCAGAUUGCCAGCUACUACAAUAUCAAUAAAGAGGAAGUUCUUGGAGGUGGACGCUUCGGUGUGGUACACAAAUGUGUUGAGAAAUCUUCUGGCCUCAUAUUAGCAGCUAAGAUCAUCAAAGCCAGAAGUCAAAAAGAGAAGGAGGUGGUAAAGAGUGAAAUUGAGGUAAUGAACCAACUGAACCAUGACAAUCUGAUUCAGCUCUACGCUGCCUUCGAAUCUCGCCAUGAAAUUGUUCUAGUAAUGGAAUAUGUUGAUGGCGGUGAGCUGUUUGACCGGAUCAUAGAUGAAAACUAUAAACUGACAGAGCUGGACACAGUCCUCUUCAUCAGACAGAUCACUGAAGGCCUCCAGUAUAUGCAUAACAUGUAUAUAUUGCACCUUGACUUGAAGCCAGAAAACAUUCUUUGUAUCAGUCGAGAAACAAACAAGGUCAAGAUAAUCGAUUUUGGACUUGCUAGAAGAUAUAAACCAAGGGAAAAGCUGAAGGUGAAUUUUGGAACACCUGAGUUUUUGGCUCCUGAAGUAAUCAACUAUGAAUUUGUUUCAUUCCCAACUGAUACGUGGAGUUUAGGUGUCAUAACUUACAUGCUGCUUAGUGGACUGUCACCGUUCCUGGGCGAGGAUGAUAAUGAAACCUUGAAUAACAUUCUGGCCUGUCAGUGGAGUUUCGAAGAUGCAGAGUUUGAGGAUAUCUCGGAGGAGGCCAAAGAUUUCAUCACACGCCUCCUUGUAAAAAGCAAGAGCUGGAGAAUGAGUGCAUCCCAGUCACUGAAGCACCCAUGGCUUUCAGACCGAGAACUUCACUACCGUCUGCAUCAAAAGAAAAAUAUGUGUCACUCUUCACAUGGCCCUCCUCCAGAGGUCUUAUAGACACAGAAGUGAUCAAAGGCUCUGGUGAUGCCGUGGCAAAAAAACUGGACCAAUAAUGUACCUAAACAGCUAUCUGUUACAUAUUGUGCUGUGUAAUUACUAUUUCUAAAUACCUCAACGUAACAGCUCAGAAGCGCUACAAGCAAAGUAAUGCCCAAUGUUGCACACCAUUUUGUAAAAUUGUACUCCGUAGUAACAUUUAUGGCUAGAUGAAAACCUGCCCCUGCUUUAGACCUGGUUUGAGUGAAAUGUGUGGCUAUUGGAAUCAUCUGGGCUCUUUUUACUAAAGGUUUAUAGUUAAUGCUAUAGUAAUGAGGUCUUGGAUUUUGUUAAGCCAGGUCUAGAAAAAGUAGGCUAAUGGCUUAAAGAGCCCUAAGGAAA